ACGGCCCGAUGAUAGCGCCGAGGAGGUGUUCGCAGCAGCAUGGGCACCGGGGAUUAUAUGUGCGUUACGCUGCGCGGUGGUGCACCCUGGGGGUUCUCCCUGAGGGAGGGAGAGGGGGACACCUACCGACCUUUCUUAGUCUCCCAGGUAGAAGAAGGGGGGCGUGCCUUCCUAGCUGGAGUGCGAGAAGGUGAUGAGGUGGUGUCUCUGAACGGAGAGCCGUGUGCUGAUCUCCCCUUAGUACAAGCCUUUGCACUCAUCGACACCUCGAUCGACUGUCUGCAGCUUCUCGUCAAAAGACUCUCCACCAUCCCCCCAGAAGAAGCUGAAUCAGAAGAGACGGACUGUGGUGGGAGGGACUCCACUGAUGAGACUUUAAAGAGAACCACCCUACACAUCUUUACCCCUCAGCACGGGUCACAAAGCCCCAGGGAACUCCGCAUAUCCGAGUGUCAGGAUGAGGCCUAUUACGGGGAGUUGGGCAGUGACACAGAGAUUCCCAGGGGACCCCAGCUGCUUUACACCGAGCUACAUGUUCCAUCAUCUGGUAACGGGAGAGGAAAGGUGCACGACUUUCAGGAAAACGAUGGAGCAGGACGGCAGCGCUUCUCCCCCGGCGCCAUGGUUGAGUUCCAGGUGUCCCUGUCGGACCAAGCUUUGGACGAUGUCGGCUUCACCUCUCUUGGGAGUGCUCAUGGGAUAGACGGAGAACUCUCAAACAAAGAGGCUGUUGAGAUGAUCCACCCCGACACAGUGUCACACUAUGUUCCUCUCAGACAGCCACUCGGCCAGCAUGGGGUGGUGCUCGGCUCGCCUUCCAAGCUGGGGCAGGUGGAGUUGAUAUUGCAGCAGCCAGCAGCAUCAGGGGCAGGGAGGGGCCUCCCGAGUGUGGGUGGCCCCAGGGUCGGUGGAAGUGUUGGAUCCCAAAGUGAAGGAGAAGAAGGCGGAGGCCAGUGCGAGGGAGAUCCCGGGUCUUUCACUGUCUCUUUUGAAAUUCCCUCAGAAGAGGCGGCAGCAUCUGAGGAGCACGACUCUGAUUCUGAGGGGGAUCAAGACAAACCCAACAAGCAUCACGCUAAACACGCCAGGCUCAGGCGCAGCGAGAGUCUGUCUGAGAAGCAUGUGAAAGAAGUCAAAUCCAAAUGUAAACGCAUUGCCCUCCUUCUUACGGCUGCUCCGCCCAACCCCAACAAUAAGGGGGUGUUGAUGUUCAAGAAACAUCGACAGAGGGCCAAGAAAUACACACUUGUGAGCUACGGCACAGGAGAAGACGAACCAGAGUACAGCGACGAAGAGGACAAAAUAGAGAACCAAGAAACCCAUGCUGUUGAAUUUACCCUUGUGGCUCCAAACGGUUCUAAAAUAGACAAGCAUUUCCUCACUAAUGCCCACUCUACCAAAGGCGUGCUAACUAUCAAUUGGGACAACAGUCUACUUGAGAUUGAAAGGAACCUGAACAACCAAGCACAGAUGGAAUGUUUGCCUGAAACCAAGGGCAAGGGUGCCUCCAUGUUUGCCCAACGGCGUCAAAGGAUGGAUGAGAUUUCGGCUGAACAUGACGAGCUCAGGCGUCAGGGUAUUCCCGUGGAAGCAGUGUCACUGGUUGAAAAGAAGAGAGAAGAACACUCCUACACGCAAUCCACAACAGAGGGCCAUGCUUACAUGGAUGUAAGCACACACCAACAAGGCCAACCGCAGCAAAAUUACCAACAAUAUCAGGAACGGCAGUACUAUGAGCAACAACAGAACUACCAACAACAAUAUCAACAACAGUACCAACAGCAACAGUAUGAACAACAGCAUUAUCAACAACAGCAAAUGUAUCAGCAGCAGCAGCAGCGAGAAUAUCACCAAGAGCAACAGCAAAUGCAGAACUAUUCUACAAACAUCAAUGGUGUAGUCCAACAUCAAACCAGUGAAAUGCAGAGUUCUUUUAACAACCGUAUUGCGAAGCCAUUCUCAGUAGGAAACAUGCCGGCUACCUCUUAUUCUCCUGCAAUGAGUAGGGCCAAUCAAGAUCUUGUGAGUCAAGGAGAGCAGAUAGCUUCGCGGGAUGAGCGCAUUUCUACCCCUGCAAGCCGGACAGGUCUUUUGUCGGACUCAAGAAGACGAAAUGCAAGCAAGCCUAUGUUCACAUUUAAAGAAGCACCAAAAGUAUCACCUAACCCAGCACUGCUUAACCUACUUAACAGAAAGGAUAAGAAGGGAUUUGAGUCAGGACCUGAGGAAGACUACCUUAGCCUUGGAGCUGAGGCUUGUAAUUUUUUGCAGUCUCAGCAAAUUAAACACAAGACACCUCCACCAGUAGCCCCAAAGCCUGUGAUCAACCCAAACUCCCCCCCUUGGUCACCACAGAUAGAAGGGACCAAUGAGGACAUGCCUCAACAAGCUGAAAAUAGUGUUUCCACACCUGCUGUGGCCCCCACCACAGAGACUACCCCUGCUCCAGAACUAGAGCCAACUCUAACACCUGCCCCUGAGCUUUCCACCCCCGCCAUCCCCCAGGCAACUCAGGCUAGCGCAAAAACAGAGGGACAGCAUACAUGGACUCCCCCGGAGCCUGAAUCUCAACAGCCUCUGCAACAGCCUCUGCAAGUGACCGCUCAGGAGGAAAAUAAUCAUGUCAUUUCUACCCUGCAGCCUGAGCCUGCUCCUGUUCCUAGCUGGGCUCCAACACAAGCCCGAGUACAACAUCAGCCAUCUACCAGUUCUUGGCAAGCAGCUCAAGCGCAGCCCCAGGAAGCACCUCAUAGCCAGUCCCCACCACAGCCCCCUUGGAUCACUCGACAACAUUGUCAAUCCCAAGCACAGCCUGAACCCCCCACGAAUACUUGGACCCCUCAAAUUCAGCCGCCGCAAGCACAGGCCCAGACCCAAGCUCCGCCUUGCUGGACGCAGCCUCAAGAGCAACCACAGUCUCAAGCACAAGUUCAGCCACCCUGGGCACACUUGCAUGAGCAGCCAAAUCUGCAGCAAUUGCCACCAACUUGGGGUCAAUCUCAAGAAUCAAUGCAGCAGCAGCCCCAAACCCCAUGGGCACAUCCAUCCCAAACAGACUCUACACAUCAACCGCCAUGGGUACAACAACCUCAGCAAAAAUCCCAAGUACAACCUCCAUGGGCUCAACCGGUUCAGCCAGAAUCCCAGCCACAACCACCAUGGGCUCCUCAACCACAGCAUCAGACUCCACAACAAACAUGGCCACAAGCCCAAGCGCCAGGUCAGCCCCAACCACCCUGGGUCUCAGCUCAGCCUCAACAUCAACCGCCAAUUAAUGCAUGGCCUGCAUCAAAAACUCAAGACCAAGUUCAACCCCCUUGGAUCCAAGCAGCUCAACCACAACCCCUGGCGCAGCCGGCAGCCAUUUUAAACCAAUGGCCGCCAGUACCUGCCCAAGCUCAGUCACCACCAGCAUGGGCCCAGCAAACCGGAAAUUCUUGGGCUCCACAGCAAAAUCAGGCCCAACCUCAACCACCUUGGAUACAACCACUUCCACCCCAGCCAGCAUCACAGUCAAACUGGCAACAAUCCCCUUCAAAGCCUCCACCACAGCCACCAAUGAAUACAUGGCCUCCACCUCAGGCACAACCCCAGGCUCCUCUAAAUGCUUGGGCACCACAGUCACAGCAAGUGCCUGUGAAUGUUUCUUUGCCAAUGGUGAACACACGUCCGUCUCCAAAACCUUGGCAACCACCACAGAACCAGACCCCUCCACCUCCGCCUCAGCGAAUGCACUCUUUAACUAUUGGUCAAAGAGUUUCCCCACCCAUAAACCCAAUGGCUACUGUCUUAAACCCAUCAUCCCAUGGUUCAGCUUUUGAAAUGCCAGCUGUCAGAGGGAAAGGAGCCGAUAUGUUCGCAAAGAGGCAGUCUCGUAUGGAGAAAUAUGUUGUGGACUCUGAGACUGUGCAAGCAAACAAGACUAGCCGGCCGGAAUCGCCUGCAGCUUCAUUGCCGAAUGAAUGGAAAUAUACACCUAACGUACGUGCUCCCCCAUCACGUGCAUAUAAUCCUAUUUUGUCCCCUUCUUACCCCCCAGCGGCAACAAAGCUGCCCCCUGCAAGUAGCCCUUCAACCAAAGCCAAUAAAAAAGGCAAAGAGAAGCAGAAGCCUGGCCCUAAACCCCUUAAUGUUUUAGAGGUCAUGAAGCAUCAACCCUAUCAGCUCAAUUCCUCACUCUUUACCUUUGGCCCAGCAACAGAGGCUGCCAAAGCUCCUGAACCUAAACCAGACUGGUCACCUCCUAAUCCACCUGUUGAAAACCAACCAAUUCGUUAUGAGCAAAUGGCCCUCCCUCAGCCAGGUGCGCCAUUUAAUGCACCGUACCCCCAGCAAGUCUAUGGGAUGCCAAUGCAGCCAACGAUGCAUGAUGGCCACUACCAGCAAAACUCAGCCGAUGUUUAUCCUCCCACCAAUCCUUAUCAGCAACCCCCUGGCGGAUCAUACCAGCAGGCAUAUAAUCAACAAACGUAUCAGCAACCUGCCCCACCCGCUUAUCACCCGCAAGCUCCUCAGUUUCCAAACCCUUCCUACCAACACGCACCACAGGCUCUUUACCAGCCGGCCAAUAGCCCUCCCUACCUGACACCUCCUUCAGUACCUUACCAGCCACAGCCUCCCAGUGUCUAUGUUGCUCCUAGUUUUCCAAUAGCUGCAAGGCCUGAAUCUGCAGCUGGUGGCAGCACUGCAGCUGCUCCUAAACCCAGAUUCACUGCUAAAAAGAGCUCAGCUCAGGUGUGGAAGCCCACUGCAGUUGACAAAGAGUGAUUCUGGUCAAAUUGUGACAUGCUAGCGUCAAAGGGUUAGGGUUCUUGAAGUCCACUGCAAAGUGAACUAUUUGAUCGUUUAAAGGCCGAGGCCUAUAUUGACAUCCAUCUGCUCCUGUUAUUGUCAUAGGACGGAGCUGGAUGGUGUUUACAUUUUUAGGAGCUAGAAAGAAUGCCAUUGUCAACAAAUAAGAACAAAAGACGAGAUGUAAGCAUAUCUUACUAGAUAAAAAGGAGUCAAAAUUGACUUGACAUGUUUUCAAAGCAUGUACAUUUCAUCAUGGCUAUGGGAAGGGAUGCAAAUGGUUAUGUAAUGAAAAUGAAUGUACGACAAGUUUUGGCGAUGUAAGGAUGUAGGGGGGAAAGCUCAGUAAGAAUUGAAAAAAGGGUGUGCGAGAAAAACAGAGUGAAGUGAAAGGUAUCGGACAGUGAAAAUAUUAACUGCAUUUGAUGAUCAAAACAAUUCAAAUACAAUCAACUGGCAUUAAAUUAAUUAACAGAAGUAAAAAUCCGUCUGUGGGGUAUAAUGAGAAUACAGCACUAAAAAAACAACAAGCAGUAACUUGCUGAAACGUCUUCAAACGUCAAAUGAAGAUUGUGUCUCUCUUCCCAGUGUCUUCUCCAUAGCACCCAUUUCAGUAAGUUAGUUUUAUUUCAAGCCUCUUACCAGCUGUUGCGUCAUGUUAGGUACUAUAUUUAAACUGCGUUAUGAGAGGGAGUGCUGAGGUCCAGGGAUAGUAGGCUUGAAUUUCAACUUAAGCCAUUAAAAGAUACUCGGAACCUGUUUUUUUUUUUUUCUAAUAACAGAGACGUAUAUAGUUAAGGACACUUCUUCAUAGGGCUUCACUCUUCCAUCCAUCUUGUCCCGCCAUUGUAUUAUAUACAUAGAAAAUAAACUAUGUACAAAACAGUAACUAUUUGAAGAGUAUUAAGCCCAGAAACGUUUAUUUGCUAGUACAGGGCUGCUUUUGUUCUUACGUCUUUUCUUUUCCCAUUUCCUUUGUGUGUUUCUCUUCAUAGUGCUAUUUCUGUAUCAUUUACUGCACUGCCAUUAAAAUGUAUUUUAUCCUUG